UUAUUUAAGUGAUUGGCUAGAAAUGCUCCGGGCCUUCAACGUUCGUGACUCUCCGCCAUUUUCCGUGAGCAGUGCGGAUCACUGACGGCGGAAAAGCGUGAACUCGAGUUACUCAAUGGCUUCGCAGAAAUGUCUCGUCCAAGGAUCCCCAGCUCCGGGUCCAGUGACCAAUUCCCAAAUCCGCAUAUACAGUAUGAGGUUCUGCCCCUUUGCUGAAAGGACGCGUUUGGUGCUCAAUGCCAAGGGUAUCAACUAUGAAGUCAUUAACAUCCAUCUGAAGAACAAGCCUAGUUGGUUCUUUGACAAAAAUCCAGCAGGUACCGUUCCAGUUUUGGAAACUGUGCAAGGUCAGCUGAUCUGUGAAUCACCGAUCACGUGUGAGUACCUGGAUGAAAUGUUUCAGGACAAGAAGCUCUUUCCAGCUGACCCAUUUAAGAAGGCCCAGCAGAAGAUGCUGCUUGAGGAGUUCUCCAAGGUUGUUCCAUUUUUUUAUAAAAUCCCUAUUGGGAAGAGCAAGGGUGAGGACACGUCUGCCGAGGAAGAAGAACUGAAAGGAAAAUUCGUCAAACUCAAUGAGGUUCUAGUUGGCAGGAAGACAAAGUUUUUUGGAGGAGAUUCUGUGACUAUGAUCGAUUACUUGAUGUGGCCUUGGUUUGAGAGGGUCGAUGGCUAUGGAGUGACACACCUCUUGGAUACAACCCCUCUACUGAAGGAGUGGAUGAAGCGAAUGGUUGAGGAUUCCACUGUCAAGGCAACCAUGUUUGAUGGCAAGACCCACAAAGCUUUCCUCAAGAGCUUCUUUGAUGGCAACCCCAACUUUGACUUUGGCCUGUAGAGAUUUUUCUUGCCUGUUCUUGUCUUUGAGUUAUGGCUUUCUGUUUUUUUAAUCAAUCAGGUAUAUUCUCUAUCAAGUAACAUUCCAUAUCUGUUAUGGUGAUUGUGAUUGUAAUAGACCAAGUUGUUGUUGGGAUGGUUUGCAUGACGAUAAAGUGAUUUUUUUCUAAAUGUUUUAUUUGAUACUGAAAUUUCUACUGUUGGGCCUCCUGUUUCCUUUUCAUAGUGUGUGGGUUACUUUAUGCCUCGCUUCUUCAUUGCACUAGCAAAAUAAUACAUAUUUGGUUGGUUUGCAAGUCCCAUUCUCGCCAGUGUGGGGAAGCAAUAAAAAAGGCCAAUAGGAUGUUGGGGUAUAUCUCCAGGUGUGUGGAGUUUAAGUCAAGGGAGGUAAUGCUAAGAUUAUACAAUUCCUUGGUGAGACCUCACCUAGAAUAUUGUGUGCAGGUUUGGUCACCAUAUCUUAAAAAGGACAUUGUUGCCUUAGAAAAGGUGCAGCGUAGGGCCACAAAAAUUAUUCCUGGUCUUAGAGGAAUGUCAUACGAGGAACGGUUACUUGAGCUAAAUCUGUUCAGUCUCAAGCAAAGGAGACUGAGGGGGGAAGAUUCUAACAGGUUUGGAUGCUGAUCAACCAAAUAGUUACUUCAGCAUUAGUUUAAAUACAUGAACUCGUGGCCAUAAAUGGAAAUUAGCGGGAGAACAUUUCAAGCUGGAUUUAAGGAAGCACUUCUUUACACAGCGCGUAGUCAGAGUAUGGAAUAGCCUUCCUGAUAAUGUAGUGCAAGCUGAAUCCUUGGGUUCCUUUAAAUCAGAGCUAGAUAAGAUUUUAACAACUCUGAGCUAUUAGUUUAGUUCUCCCCAAGCGAGCUUGAUGGGCCGAAUGGCCUCCUCUCGUUUGUAUAGUUCUUAUGUUGUUAAGUGAAAUUCAACCAACCCCUUAGUAAUCAUAGAUGCACUGCUGACAACAUCCACAAGAUGUCGCUACUGAUUUGUAGAAAUGUGACAUCAGUCUAACUUGGGUAAACAAAGGUGGACAGUCUCCUUCUGCCAAAUGGGUGUUUCCCAGUUGGCUCAGCCUCAGACAUCAGACACUUUUUAAUCAUUACCAAUUACCAUCAAUAAUUACAAUGUCUGAACAAUGGAAAUUUUCAGAUAAUGGCUUCCUGUCAGAUAUCUAUGGCUUCUCCCUGUGAAAAGUCAAUAAUCCAAUAUUAUUGUUCUGUAUGUGUGUGCAUCAAAGAAACCCUUUGCAGGAUGAUCUACUCUUGGUUACAUGAUUAGUAUGGAUGCAUCAGUGAUUUUUAAUAAAUAAUGUGAUAUGAUUGUGCAAUGGGGAUUAUUGGAAGUAACCUAGCAUAUUAAAAUGUUCUAGUGUGCUUUAAAAUGUCCUUUGAAUCCUACGCUUGUGGAAAGUCCAUAAUACUUCACAAUAUUUAAUGGUUUAAAAUUACCGCCCCCAACCCUGUACUGAAUAGAGUCGAAAAAGGGAUGGAUUUAGAAGCCUUUGUAUUAAAAUUCAAAAUAUAGUUUCUAUAAUAAAAUGAAUGAAUCUC